AUGGAGUGCAAUAGGGAUGAGGCAGCUAGAGCGAAGGAGAUUGCCGAGAAGAAAUUUAUCGAGAAGGAUCUUGUUGGGGCAAGAAAAUUUGCACUCAAGGCCCGGAACUUGUAUCCUGAGCUUGAGGGCAUUUCUCAAAUGGUAGCAACUCUUGAUGUCUACAUUUCUUCGGAGAACAAAGUAAAUGGAGAAGAAGAUUGGUAUGGGAUACUUGGCAUUAACCCACUAGCUGAUGAUGACAUGGUUCGUAAACAGUACCGGAAAUUGGCCUUGGUCCUUCACCCUGACAAAAAUAAGUCAGUUGGAGCUGAUGGUGCGUUUAAACUUAUAUCUAUGGCAUGGAGUUUAUUGUCUGACAAAACAAAGAGGACAACUUACGACCAGAAUAGAAAGACCAACAUUUUUCGGAAGGUCUCAAAUUCGGUUAAGGCUCCAUCUACGAUGCCUUCCUCCAGUGGAUUCAACACUUCCACCAAAGCAACUGCAAAGGCUAAUAAGAGUGUUCCGAAAGCAGGUUAUUCUUCUCCAGUUUCAUCUAAGAAGUCAAAACAAUCUAGGACUUUUUGGACUGUUUGCCAUCAGUGCAGGAUGCAGUAUGAGUAUCUUAGAGUUUAUCUGAAUCAUAAUCUACUUUGUCCCAAUUGUCACGAGCCAUUUAUAGCUACCGAAACGGCUCCACCAUCAUCAACUAGUUUUAAAUCAACUGCAGAGUGGAACUUUUCCCAGCAAUCACAUCAACAAGCUUCCGACAAAAACACUACGAAAGCUAGUAAUGCCAGUAGUUCAUUUUCAAAUGGAGGGAUCAACUACCAGUGGACUCCAUUCUCCUCCAAAUCAGGUACUACAUCUAGUGCCGCUCAAGCUGCAAGUGUUGUUCAGCAGGCUUAUGAAAAGGUGAGGAGGGAGCGAGAAGCGGCGCAGGCUGCCACAAGAAAAGAAGAGAGUCUUAAGAGGAAACAUGUUGGCAAAAGAAUGGGUGGUGGGCAUGCUGGGAAAAGAAGGAGAAACACAGAAGAUGGUAGUUUCAACAAUGACAAAGGUUCUGUUACUAAUCAAAUGGUUUCAACUUCUAGAAGAAGUGGGUCAACUGGUGUUGUUGGUAUCACAAGGUGUUCUAACCUGAGGGAUGCCACUGAGGUUGAGAUUGAGUCACUUCUGGUGGAUAAGGCCAGGAAUGCCAUCAGUAAGAAACUCUAUGAUUUGAAUUCAGCUACCGUGAGUGAAUUGUUCAUGGAAACGGGAAAUGACAGUCGAAAAAAUGAUACUGGAUCUGAAAAUUCUGUGGUAAAUGGUGAUGCAAAUGAACCUUGCGCCCCCUGCGAUCCACCCAAUCCAGAAGUGGGGUUUGAGAUUGCUACUUCUGAUUCAAAAAUAAACAGGGAAAUGUUGGAUUCAAUGUUUAUCGAUGUCCCAGAUGCAGACUUCUACAAUUUUGACAAUAAUAGAACUGAAACAUGUUUUGGCAAGAACCAAGUAUGGGCGGCCUAUGAUUACAAUGAAGGGUUCCCUCGAUAUUAUGCCAUGAUCCAUGCUGUGAUUUCCUUGGAUCCACUAAAGUUGCGGAUUAGUUGGCUGAAUUCAAGAACCACAAGUGAAUUUGGUCCCAUGAAUUGGGUUAGGUGGACAAGAGGCAUUCAUGGGUCGAUACAUAUAUAUCCCAGGAAGGGCGAUGUUUGGGCUCUGUACAGAAACUGGUCCCCACGUUGGAAUGAGCUGACGGAAAAUGAGGUCAUACAGAAGUAUGAUGUGGUGGAGGUUCUUGAGGACUAUGAUAAAGAACUAGGGAUUGUUGUAGUUCCCCUGGGCGCGAAGGGUUCUGCCGUCGCCAAAAGAGCAGUGGGACGCGGACGAGGACGAGGAGCUGCCACCGCCGACGAUGAUCCUUCUCGUUCUUCGUCUUCGUCUUCGUCUUCCUCCUCCACCACUUCUUCCGCCAAGAAGCAUUCUCCGGGACCUGCAUAUUCGAAGUUCUCGCAACAAGAGCUUUCUGCUUGCAAACCCAUUUUAACUCCAGGAUUGGUUAUUGCAACUUUCACUUUUGUUGGGUUCAUCUUCAUUCCAAUUGGGCUUGCCUCCCUCUCUGCUUCUGAAAACGUGAUAGAGAUUGUGGACCGCUAUGAUGCAGAUUGCAUUCCAAACAGCUUUAGUGCCAAUGCUGUCAAUUACAUUCAAAAUACUCAAACCAACAAAACCUGCAGCAGGACAUUAAUGCUUGCUGGUUUUUCGACCCAUUGCAUCAUGCGAGCUCGGCUCCGUCUUGAUCUGGAUCCUGGAUUGAAAGAUCCAACUCCGUCUACUCCACAUUUCAGGUACGUGAGGAGUCGAAGUAACAUACAAUUAUUGAGCAAAGCACACGAAGAUGCGGUGGCGCCAUGCAAACCAGAAGAUAGUGUGGAUGGGAAGCCGAUUGUUCCAUGUGGCCUCAUCGCGUGGAGUCUGUUCAACGACACUUACAGCUUCACCAUCUCCACCAAGAAAAAGGUGUUGAGCGUCAACAAGAAGGACAUUGCAUGGGCAAGUGACAGAGAACACAAAUUUGGUUCUGAUGUCUACCCUAAGAACUUCCAGAAUAGUGGGUUGAUUGGAGGUGCAAAGCUCAAUUCCAGCAUCCCUUUGAGCGAGCAAGAAAAUCUGUUAGUGUGGAUGCGAACAGCAGCACUACCAACGUUUAGGAAAUUGUAUGGAAGAAUAGAGGAGGAUUUGGAGGCGAACGAUCAGAUAGAAGUUGCGAUAGAGAACAACUAUAACUCAUAUGGUUAUGGAGGGAAGAAGCUGUUGAUCCUCUCCACGUCCACUUGGAUUGGUGGCAGAAACGAUUUUCUUGGGGCUGCAUACCUCGCCGUCGGUGGAAUCUGCUUCCUCUUGGCCAUCUCCUUCAUCCUCAUUUAUUUGCUCAAGUCAAGGCCAUUAGGUGAUCCAUCUUAUUUGUCUUGGAACAAAACUUAAGGAGGAUCCACUAAUUAAGGGGUGUAAUCAAUGUCUUCUAUAUUUCAAGUGUUGUCAAUUUUAGUAUCCAGUUAUCGGUUCAAAUUGAUGAGAUUGGAUUGAAUAGAUCAAGAAUUGAUUCAUUGUAUUCUUCAUAAAUCUAACCUUUAAAAAACACAUUUUGCAUUGAGAAGAAGGGAUACGAAGUGACAUUUUCGUUUAAAAGUGACUUGACCUCUUAAUUAUUAACAGCAAGAACAAUACAUGUAUUAUUCACAAUACAACUAUUUAACAUUCGGAAAAACCAAACAACCCUAUG